GUGGAGCAGGGAAGCAUUGGACUGAGGAGGAGGUUAAAGCCUUGUUAGGCAUCUGGUCAGAAAAAAAUAUCAGAAAUCAACUCCACGGCACCCUGAGGAAUAAAGGAAUAUUUAUCUACAUUGCUAAAAGGUUGCAGGAGUUAGGAGUUUGCAGGGACUGGAAACAGUGCCGUGCAAAGUAUAAAAAUCUCAAGUAUGAAUACAGAACGGUUAAAUAUGCCCACAACUCUGGGGAUGUCACUAAAACCAUGAAGUUUUUCCAUGAUCUGGAUGCCAUAUUGCGAUACGAACCUGUCACACAAUUAGCGGCAGAAGAAAACGGCAGGGGGAUCUGCGACCGGGACGCAGCCGAACACGAGCCCCACCACAGAGAGCACGCAAGAAAUCCUUGAAGGUGAGGAGGACUUUGCCAACUCCACCCCAGGAGCUCUGGAAGCUACACAAAUAAAGAAGGAGACAAUUGACAUAGAUGAUGAUUCUAUAAGCAGUACCUCAGAAGACAGACCUUGUACGCCAGUAGCAAAAUGGAUAGUCGGGACAGAAAAUCACAUUCCCUUAGAAGAAACGCAAAAUCACUUUAAAGUUAUUACAGUUAAUGAUACUGGAGCAGGAAAACACUGGAGUGAUAAUGAAGUCAGAGCUCUGAUAAACAUAUGGUCAGAUAAAAAGAUACAACAAAUGCUUGAAGGGGCCACAAGAAAUAAAGAAAUAUUUGAGGAAAUUGCCAGGAGGUUAAUGAAACGUGGUAUAGACAGAGACUGGAAACAAUGUCGCACAAAGUACAAGAACCUAAAAUACGAAUACCGUGCACUGCAGAAGGAAAAUGAGCAUCUUGGUAAUCCCAGGAGAAAAAUGAGAUUUUACGAUGAAGUCGACUGUAUCUUGAGAAGACAGCCUCUGGGUCCCUCAAGCUGGGGAUGUGAAAGUUCAAGUCUCCUAUCAGUUGCAGUGGGAGAUGUUACAGCAAAAACAGGAUCCUUGGGUAUCAAGAGAAAAACAGGGAAUGAUGAGGUGUCACCUGUUCCACUUAAGAAAAAUGCUUCUGAAAACACCAUAUUCCACUUCCAAAAACUGUUAACAGAGAGAGUGCACACAGUAACAGAAGGCGAAAAGUUACUGUUAGAAAGGCUUUGUAAGCAGGAAGAAAUGCAAGACCUCAACAGAACACAGCAGUAUGCUGAUCCAUCAGCCAUACAACAGGUUGGUUUAAUGAACUUAUAUGAAAUUAGCAUGCAAUGAGAUUCUCUCAGAUAGUAAGAAAAUAGACUUACUUGUGAGUGUAGGUCACCUACAUGAGUACCUGGUUGCUCCCCUUUAAUAUAUUCACCUUCAGUCAUUUAAACUAAAACAAGGUAUGAGUUACCAUCAUAAUUCUUAACUAUGAGCUUUUAGCAGUGACAUCAGUUAGUCUAAGAAAAGAUAUAAC